AUGGUGCGCUCGGCAGUCCCCACCCAGAUGAUCGUCCUUCCUAUCGCGGAGACAUUUCAGAUCGACAACCUUUCUACAAAGGAAGCCCGAGACAGUUUACACCAACACUACGCCCUCCUCGCAUCGCCUGAUUGGCAGCAGAUUAUCAAAAACCUGGUUUCACUCGGUGUCUCCAGCGCCACGGAAUUGACCGUGCGCCAUGCUAUGAUCUCCGAGUUCACGCCAAAGCCUAAGAGCUUAGGGCACGGGGCUCCCGUAAGCGGGACCGCGAUUUAUUUGACCCCUGACCCCACGGGAUGGGAGAAAACGUGGGCGCUGUGGACGAGUAUUGUCUCCACGGUGCCUGGAUGCUUGGGGGUGACAGGUGGGUGGAUGGUGGAGCCAGUCGAGGGGAACCUUGCCUAUAUCGUCUACGUGGGGUGGGAAAGCAUCCAGGUUCAUGACUCGUAUCAUCAUACGAAGCACUUCCGACAGCGAGCGAUCGUACUUCGGGAGCAUAACGCAGGGUAUCGCGAGUAUGGCCAUGUUGCUUUCACUCAUUCGCGGUCUCGUCGGGAAGCGAAUCUAUAA